UAUAUAGCUCCCCCGCGAGGUGCUCUCAACACAGAUAUUCCAAAAUCCUCAUACCACAGAGCUAAAUAACCAAUCAAAAACUUCUCCGAUCAACAACACAAGUUAGAGAUCCUCUUUUCUCCUUGGCAGAGAGAUCCAUCCAAUCCAAUCCAUGGGCAAGAUGCGGUCGCUCUUCUCCCGCAGCGGCAGCAGCCGCCGCUCCUCCUCCUCCUCCAAGUCCCCCCCGUCGUCCACCCGCGGGGCGGAAUCCCCGGCCCGUGCUGCGACCGCCCCGCCCCCGCGACCCGAGGACGAGAUGGAGCGCGUGUUCCGCAAGUUCGACGCCAACGGCGACGGGCGGAUCUCGCGGUCGGAGCUGGCGGCGCUGUUCGAGAGCGUGGGCCACGCGGCCACGGACGACGAGGUGGCGCGCAUGAUGGAGGAGGCCGACGCGGACGGCGACGGCUACAUCAGCCUCGCCGAGUUCGCCGCCAUCAACGCCGCGCCCGACGCCGCCGUCGAGGAGGACCUCAGGCACGCCUUCCGGGUCUUCGACGCCGACGGCAACGGCGCCAUAUCCCCCGCCGAGCUCGCGCGCGUGCUGCGCGGGCUCGGGGAGGCCGCCACCGUCGCGCAGUGCCGCCGCAUGAUCGAGGGCGUCGACCGCAACGGCGACGGGCUCGUCUCCUUCGACGAGUUCAAGCUCAUGAUGGCCGGCGGCGGCGGCUUCGGCAAGAUCGGCGCUUAGAUAGAGCCGGUUCGCUUAAUUUGGCUCUCCAGUCCCCUUCAUUCUUUUGGUUGUAAAUACCCACGAAAUAUACUGCUGUGGUAGCUAGUUGCGAGUCGCACCCGACAUUAUCGGUGAUUUUGUAUAGAUCGGAAUUGUUGGAUCCAGACUGAACAAAAUGCUUCAAUUCCGACUUUCUAUGUUUCUUUUCUCAGUGUACAUCGAACCUAUGCACAAUUAUAAUGACCGAAUGCUUGCUAAAUUA